UGGGCCGCAGAAAAAGAAACGCCGGAUCCACGGCAUCCUGAUCUCGGACGCGACACUUGGCAGUUGGUCUCUCGGCCACGAUGCUUUUCCUCCUCGCUGCCUGUGCCUGCGCCGCGGUGAUUGCAAGUGAACACAACGCAGAAGGAAAUCUGCAAGAAGUAGUAGACACACGCGAAGUACGCACUGAGCCGCCCCUGCUCUGGUCGGACAGGCUAGAAGAACUCGCUUCUCAAGGUGAGAACUUUACCAUCCGCCAAACGGACGCAAACAGCAGCGACAGCAUAAAGAUUACAAUCGAGGGCGACGCCGCGGUUACAGAGCAACCCAUAACCAUCAUCGUAGCAGGCAAUUUAAGUGAUCCCGCCGAAGGAAACCUCUCUCAAGAAGCUAGCGAUAACGCGAAAGCACUUAGGACAGCCAGAAACCUUUCCUUCCGUCCUUCCCAAAUCGAUUCCGUUGUUUCUGUGAAAGAGUCGAGCAACACUGGCGACAAAGCAGAAACAACAACUCCUCAGAACGGAACCGACGACGCGCAAGAAAAAACGGGGGAACACCAUCAGAAUGGUACACACGGCAAAGGUUGUACGAAGAAAAGUUCGAACCAAUCCGGAAAAGUGCUAAGAAGAUCUGGAAGAAGAUUAGUAAGUAUCUUUCCGUUUCUAAGAAGUUCAUCGCCCGUUCCUUCGCCUGGCAAAGUUGGAGAAGGUACGCCACACAGACACGUCUGGGAUCGAGAUUUCAUGGCGUCCCUGGUCAAUCAAACACGAAUUGCACUGAGCAAGAAGCAGGUCGCCGCUGGGCUGUACGGUUACCAGGAAGAAAGCGAACUGAAAUCACAGGGUUGCCAACCGCUGAAGGAAAGCCCCCAGAUUCAAGACAGAGCGAUAUGUCCGUUCCGAUUCAUCACGACCCUGGACCAAAGACGCGUUCCGAAGAUGAUGGAGACCGUGCAGUGCCUCUGCGAGAACAGCCCGUGCGGUGCACGCGCUGGUUUCAGGUGCGUGCAAGUGAAGAGAGUGGUUCAUCUGAUGCGCAAGAUGGGACGGAACCUCGUCGAGAGGUUAGAACUGUUGCCAGUUGCCUGCGUUUGCGCCUAUGUGGGAAAGGAAUGAACUUACAGUCUUUGAGGUUCAUGUGGCAGUUCUCUUGUAGUCGGCGCAAUAAAGGCGAUUUGCUUGUGGC